UUUGUCGCCACUACUCCACUAAUAAACUCUAAAACAUAUAUAAACGUAUUGAACGUAUAAUAGGCUAUAAUAUAAUAAUAAUAAUAAUAAUACAGUAGUUGUGAUGUAUAUAAUGGUAUAUGUUUUAUACAAAUGGUUUUCUAGUUAUUAUUAUUAACUGUUAUGUUGUUUGUGUUUUCUCUCUCUCGUAAAGUGUAUCACCGUUUGUGUGACCAUUGAUUUGAUAUACAAUAAGCGUUUGUAUUAAUAAAUUGUAAUCAAAUAUACAGUAUAUAUAUAUCUCUCUGUGUUUUUUGAGUGAUCGUACAUAACGUGUGAUAUCAGUCUAUCAUAUCGUUUAUAACAUCAUUAAUGUGUCGAUUGUUUUCAUUACAGCAAUCAGUGUCCAAACAAUUGCCUCAUUUUAUUAAUAUAUAACUGUUUUGUGAUUUAUAUGAAUACAUUUGAAUCGACUAUUUUAUUAUAUCCUAAAUAAACACCACACAAAUGACUGAAGACAUGACUGUUUGUGAAAACACGUCAAACGAUACGCCAAAUAUGAAUCAAGAGUCGGGACAGUCCAACACCAGUGACAAUAAUAUUGUGACCAAUUCUGGAAACUGGAGUACAAAUACAAAUAAGUGUAUCAACGAUAACAACGACACAAAUCCAAGUAAUGCUACCAUUAAUAUCAAUGUCAAUCACUUUGAAGACCAGUUGACUAAUCCGGACGAUGCGCUCCAACCCAUCGAUAGAUUGGAAAAGUACUGCAUGUCUGACAUCAUAUUUCACAGACAAGUGGUGGCCAGAAGUAUCAUUGAAACUCUCAAUGAUAUCGACACUAAUGAUAUUACAAGAGUUAUGGGUGUCAUCUCCCGGUUAGCCGUUGAUACAGAGCCCAGCAUUAGAGCUGAAAUGGUGGAACAAUUGCCUCAAAUAUGUAUAUAUCUUUGCAGUCAAUCGCAUAAUAUAACAAACUCUGUGGCCAUUAAUAUAUUGCCAAUUAUGCAACGGCUUCUCACCGACACUAAUAGUCAUGUUAGAAAAAUGACACAAAGCGCGUUUGUGAUGCUAUUGGAGCAAAAUAUUAUUGAAAUAUGUUUUAUUGAAGAGCAUAUUUGUCCACUAUUGGUACAAUUGACUGAUUUUUCAAAUAUGGAUGACUACCGCAUGGAAGCCGUCGGUAUGAUGGGCAAAAUGGUUAGAUUUUUAGGCAAAGAUUCAACUGAAAAGUUAUUACUGCAAACAUUUACCCGUUUGUGUUUGGACGCCAGUUUCCACGUGCGCCGCAUAUGUGCCUCAAAUUUUGGUGAAAUUUGCUCUAUUGUUGGCCAGAUUGUAACCGAAGAGAUUCUGUUGCCUCGAUUUCGGAGUCUAUGUCAGGACAGCAUUUGGGGCGUCAGGAAGAGUUGCGCCGAUUUCUUUGUUCCCGUUGCCAUCACUGUAUCAAAUAAGACACGAAAAGAUAUAUUAUCACCAUUGUUUGUCAAUUUACUCAACGAUCAGUCCCGUUGGGUAAAGACAUCUGCCUUUCAAUCGUUGGGUCCAUUUAUCUCUACAUUUGCCGAUCCAACAAAAACCGGUCUCUAUUAUUCAGAUAAUGGUAUUGUAGUCAUUGAAGAUCAUACAAGCAAUGAUAGUGGUUUAGGUAGUAAUGGAUCGACUGCUAACUCGCCCACAGAUAUUGAUGUAGAAGAUGUUGAGGAGACUAUUUGCGAUGAGAUGAGCAACUUAUUGAUACCGGUUGACAAUAAGCAGAGUGAAAAUCCAGAGUUUAAUGAUUUAUUUUACUGGAAAACUCCUAUUUCAACAUUUCCUGAACUCGAAGUUCAAUCAUUGGAUAGCAUAGAGUGUAGGGAUGAGUUGUCGACAGAAAGCAGUGAACAAAUUGGCGAUUCAUCGACUCUGUCGGCACAAUCGGUUGAGAAAGAUGUUUCAAAAGAAAUAGUAAAAAUAGGAACCAAUUUAAGUGAUGACCAAAAAGCUAUACCAAAUCUAUUUGAAAAUAAAGAUCAAAACAAAUAUAUGCUAUAUAAUAGUUACGACAGGAGUGCCUGGACUGAGUAUAAUAGACCAAAUUAUACCUCAAACGAUAUAAUGUGUGUCCGGGAACCGCUAUUAAAUUAUGUAAUGGAAGGUCCAACAGAGCUCAUGUCGUUUUCAUUUGAAGACUCAAUGGCGAUGGGUUCCGGAUAUAUGUUUCCAUACCGGAGACCACCGCCAUCUCAAGAUAUCAUUCCCAACGAUCUUUUGGAACACUACUUAUCGAUGACGAAUCCAAUACAUUAUCAAACAGUUGAUCCCGAUUUGUGCCAUCACUGUGCUUAUAGUCUUCCAGCAGUGGCUUUGACUUUGGGUCGUAAAAAUUGGUUGUGUCUGAGAGAAACUUAUGAACUUUUAGCCGCAGAAAUGCAAGUAAAAGUGCGCUGGACUUUGGCAUCCAGUUUGCAUCAAAUGUCACUAAUAUUAGGUUCAGAAUUGACUACAAGAGAUUUGUUGCCAAUUUUCUUGAGUUUUAUGAAGGAUUUAGAUGAAGUGCGGUUCGGAAUUCUUCAAAAUUUAGCACAAUUUCUUAAAUUAUUACUUAGACCACAACAACAGGGAAUACUUCCAAAAUUAGCCGAUUUUUUAAAAAUGGAUAAUAAUAGAAACUGGAGAUUUAGGUGUACAUUAGCCGUUCAAAUCAUGGAUUUAACUGAUAUAUAUUCAGCCAAUGAAAUUAAAGAAUAUUUAUUACCAAUUGGUUUGGUAUUACUCAAUGAUAAAGUAUCUGAAGUGAGGAUAGCAGCCAUACGUUUGGUAUCAGUUUUAAUGAAACAAAUCUUUGAGUCGAGUCUCUACGACUCGUCCAUUGCUGGCGAUAAUAGAUUAGACAUUAUUUGGGAACUUAACACACAGUUUGCUGACUCCACCAAAUGGGUCCAAAGACAGACAUAUAUUUUAGUUUGCCAACAAUUGAUUCAAAAUGAGUCGAUUUCCGUACAAUUAUUUAUUGACAAAAUGCUCGACCAUUUGCUCAAUUUGUCCGCCGAUAACGUACCAAAUAUUAGAUUAGUUUUAGCCCGAACUAUAGUCAACACGUUGUGGCCAAUCGCUCAACUUAGAUCUCAUUUGAAAGUUCAACAAACUUUAGAGGAAUUGCAAUCAGAUAAGGAUAAAGAUGUGCGCCAACACUCACUUGUUAUGUCUGUCCAACCAGACUACGACACUAUUAAUAAUGACAAUUAAAAAACAACUGCAGUGAUUGCUAGUCGAGGAACUGGUGAUACGCUCUGUCGAUAUGCCAUAAACUGUGUUUUAUUAAUAUAUAGUUAAUUUAAAAAGAGCUCAAUUGAGUUUAUAAGCUUAUAUUUAUAUAUA